AUGGAGCAGCCUUUUUAUCAUGACGACUCUUUUCUCUCGGCUUACGGCCACUCUGAUGCUGCAUUUCACGACUACAAACACCUAAAGCAGAAUAUGAAUAUGAACUUGACAGAGCCAUAUCGCAACCUCAAGUCUGACUUGUACCAAGCAGCGCACCAGGACGUCGGGUCACUGAAGCUUGCUUCCCCGGAGCUCGAAAGGCUUAUCAUCCAAAACAGUAACGGUAUAAUUACUACUCCAACCCCAGGCCAGUACUUCUACAACCGGAGCAUCACCGAUGAGCAGGAGGGCUUUGCGGAGGGCUUCGUGAAAGCCCUGGACGAGCUCCACAAGAUAAACCAUAUGCCCAUGGCCCCGCCCAACGUCUCUAUUGGAGCCAGUGGUGUGACGACCUGUUCGGCGGCGGCCUCUAGUGUCUUCGGCUCCUCCCUGCAGCCGGAGCCUACAAUCUACACAACACUGAACGCUUAUAGCGCAAACACUAACCUCUCUUCCGCUUCCAGUUACCCCAGUACCACCAUCAACUACCUACCGCAGCACCACCAGCAGAGCCAUCACCAACAGACCUCGACGCACGCGUCACACCACUUUCAGUACUCUCUACCUGGAGCUGGGGUCCAUCCACAGCGCCCUGUGGCUUUCAAAGAAGAACCACAAACCGUCCCUGAUCUACACAGCAGCGACGGUUCCCCGCCAAUGUCCCCAAUCGACAUGGAAAACCAAGAGAUAAUCAAGGCCGAGCGGAAGAGACUUAGAAACCGACUAGCAGCAACCAAAUGCCGGCGCCGUAAACUGGAGCGCAUCUCCCGACUGGAGGACAAGGUGAAAGUUCUGAAGUCGGAUAACGCUGGGCUCUCCAACACCGCGACUGUGCUUCGUGAACAAGUCGCCCAGCUCAAACAGAAAGUCCUUACACAUGUAAGCAGCGGGUGUCAGCUGAUGUUGACGAGUAAAAUGGAGGCAUUUUAA